AUGCAGAAAUUGGCGCUUGGGCUGUACAACGUCCCGCGAGAUCAAGUCAAGGUUGUGAUUGAUGCUGGCCUAGGGGCCGGACUACGUCACUUCGAUUUCGCUUCGUUCUAUGACAACGAGGCCGAGUGUGGUGCAGCUCUGCGCAGCUGGCUCAGCGCAGGCCACAGCAGAUCUGAGCUUUUCGUCACGACAAAGGUUUGGACCACGGACCUCGGUGACCCGGCUGCUGCUGUACGUAGCGCUGAGAUCUCCAUCGCUGAGCUGGGCCUUGGAGCAGUGGACCUCGUGAUGGUGCAUUGGCCGAUGCCUGGCAAGCACGUGUCUGCUUACCUCGCGUUGGAGGAGCUGGUGCGGAGUGGCAAAGCAAGGGCGCUAGGCAUCUCGAACUACUCACCCGCAGACUACGAGGAGCUCAUGAAGUCUGCCUCGAUCGCGCCGAUCGUGAACACAUUCGAGAACAACCCCCUGCUCUAUCGCAAGGAGUGGUGCGACUUCUUCCAGGACCGAGGAGUGGUGGUCCAGGCGUACAAGCCACUUCAGAGAGGAGGACCGGUGCUGAGCUGCGAGCCUGUACAGGCCAUCUCCGAGCGCUGCGGCCGGAGCCCAGCGCAGGUCUGCCUGCGGUGGAACCUCGAGAAAGGCAACGCCGUCGUCUUCAAGAGCCUCACGCCAUCCAGGAUCCAGGAGAACGUCGACGUUUUCGACUUCUCCCUGUCGGCAGAGGAGGUGGCUGCGCUGGAUGCGCUCACCACCGAAGAAGUGAGGGCAGAAGCCCAGAGCCACUGGGAGCAGCGCCGCAGCGGCACGGACGCGCCCUGGGGCCCAGGCCUGCGGCCCGAGAAGCGGACGCUGGAGGCAUGA